UCAACCAUCUUUAAGAUUUUAUAUAAUGCUUUGUUAACAACAGAUGAUGUUAUGUAACAAUAAAGCUAUUUUUGACUUUGACUUUGACUGUUUCCUAAAAAUAUGUGUUUAUAGUUUGUCUAGACCUUUGUGUAAAUUAUUUAAUUUGUCUUUAAAAUUACAAACUUUCUUUAUAUGGCUUAUAACUCUUGUAUUCAAAAAUGGUGACAGGGAUGGUAUACAAAAUUACAGGCCCAUUGUUAUGUUAUCUGCUAUCCCUAAGCUUUUUGAGCUUAUCCUGAACAAAUAUCUUACUUGGCAUUGUAGAGGUCUCUUGAUCAACGAACAACAUGGGUUUAGGCAGGGUAAAUCUACUUCUACAAACCUUGUAUUAUAUCAUGACUUGGCAUUCUCAGGGCUUUCGAGAAGGGUCAUCAGGUCAACUCCAUCUAUACUGAUUUCUCGAAGGCUUUUAACACAGUCAUCCACUCAUUGCUCAUUUUUAAAUUAAGAUGCUAUGGUUUCCCUAAGUGGUUUCUUUCUUGGCUAAAUAAUUACCUACAUAAAAGGAUACAAUUUGUUAAUGUAUCUCAAAAUAAUAAAUUUAGAAUUAGUAAGAGUGCUCUUUGUGUUCGUCUGGUUUUGUUUGUUACUGUUAGUUAUGCAUUAAAAAGAAAUUUUGUACUCUCCCCCGUUCCAUUAUCUAAUGUAAAUUUUGAUAAGCAUUCCAGUGGCUCUAACUCUGAUAGUUCUCCUCUUACUCUUAACUCUACUUCAGCUGAUGCCUUGGUUAAUUCUUCUUUUUUAGGGUGGGCAACUUUCACGCAUGCAUUUCUAUUAUACUUUUGAAUAUUCAAUCACUGCGCGGUAAAUCUGAUGAUUUGUAUAUACUUUUAGACAGUUUAAAUUUUCCAAACAUUGUCUUACUUACUGAGCACUGGUUGAGAAAUGAGGAACCAAUUUCCCUUCCUGGCUACUCUGUAGCUUCCAAAUUCUGUAGGGCUGGCCUUGGAUAUGGUGGCACUGUGGCUCUUGUGUAUCAAUGUUUUUGCGACGGCUUUGUUUGUUUUGGCGAUUUUGAUGAUCUUAGUGUCGAAAAUGAGUUUGAAUUCUCAAUUGUUUAUUCUGGUAAAGCCAAUUAUUAUAUUGUGUGUAUGUAUCGUUCCCCAAAUAGUAGUAUAAGUACUUUUUUAGAUAGGCUUGAACAAUUCCUUUUAAAAUUUUCUCCUAAAAAUACUAUAAUUCUUGCUGGCGAUCUUAAUAUAGAUUUUGAAGAUGGGGAGAAUAGGGCUACAUUGGAUUUAAUUAAUUUGCUUUCCUAAUAUUUCUAUGCAUGUUAACAGCCCUAUGCGUGUAACAGGUACCACAUCAACAACCAUUGACUAUGUUGCCUCCAAUAUACAGGAGAAUGUAAUUUGUAAUGUAUUUGAUCCAGCUUUGUCUGAUCAUAAUGCCAUCCUGGUUCAGGUGCCAUUCAGAAAAAGAUACAAAUCCAGAGGUUUGGGUAGAAUUUACAGCACAAGGAACUUCCGGUCUUUUGAUGCAGGAUGUCGGUCUUUUAAUUGGGACUCAAUAUUUUGUGAGCAAGAUGCUCUUGCUUCAUUUCACGCAUCUCUUUCAAAGUUAGUUGAUAGAUACUUUCCCGUUCACCCAUUAAAAGAUCAAUAUAGGGACCGGAAAAGAUGGUUAACUCCUGGUAUUCGCAUUUCUGGUCGUAAUCUUAGAUUUUUUGGUAUUUUAAAAAAGUUCUACCCGAUAAAUAAUUUUGUAUUGCCGCUAUUCUCGAGAUAUCGAAAAGUUUACCGGAAAGUUGUGUAUGAGGCGAAAAGACUCUAUUAUUCCAAACGUUUGAAAUAUUCCUCCAAUGAGCAACGCGAAGCGUGGUCAAUUGUUAAUGAGGUUGUGUCCAGAAGUAAUGGCUCUCACGAAGUGCAGAUUGAUUCUGACAUAUUGAAUAAGUACUUUUGUUCAGUUGCUGAUAUCCUCACAAAGGGUCUCUCUUCCACUUAUGACCCUCUCAAAUUUUUACCUACCACUAGUGGAAACUCAUUUUACCUCAGCCCCACUACUCCCAGGGAGAUUUUUUGCACUAUAGGAUCGAUGAAAAAGAAAAGGGCAUCUAGUGACGAUGGUAUUUCAGUGAAUUUAUUGGAAAAACUUCCUUUGAGUGCUAUUCAGGCUCUUUCUGAUGCUAUUAAUAUUUCAUUUCAGUCGGGCACAUUUCCUCUUUGCCUAAAAUUACCAAAAAUUUUGCCUCUUUAUAAGAGUGGUGAUCGUUCUAGUCCAUCCAACUAUAGGACGAUUUCAAUUUUGUCUACUUCAUCUAAGUUAAUUGAAAGACUUAUGAAGGAUCGUCUUUGAAGGUUUCUUCUGGGGGAAGUGGUUCUUCGAGAUGAACAAUUUGGUUUUCUGUCAGGGAAAAGCACCUCUGACGCUAUGUUUGAUUUCUUGUCCAGGGUGUUAAUGGAAGAGAGGCGAUUGCGGCGGUGUUCUGUGACUUGUCCAAGGCUUUUGAUUGUGUGAGUCAUAGGAUACUGCUUCAGAAGCUUUCUGCUUAUGGAGUUAGGGGUGUUGCACUGAAGUGGUUUGAGUGCUAUUUGUCUGGUUGCGAGCAGUCUGUGUACCUUAAUGGUGACUUUUCUAGUAGGGAGUCUGUGGAUUGUGGUGUUCCACAGGGGUCAGUUCUUGGUCCCCUUCUAUUUCUUGUAUACAUUAAUGAUCUUAUUACUCUUAGCAUAUGUGGACAUUUUACAUUGUUUGCUGACAACACAACAGUUUUAUGGUCGAAUAAAGAUCCCAAGCAGCUUGUCAGAGAUGUUGCAGCCGAUCUCCUGAAAUUAAAGCAAUGGUGUGAUUCCAAUCAACUUUGCUUAAAUAUGUCAAAGUCCCAUAUUAUUGGUUUCAAUUUUCAAGCUGAGAGUCUUGAUUUUGGUGAGAACGCAUUGGACAUGGUAGACAAUUCUGCAUUUCUCGGUUUAGUCAUUGAUAAAGAUUUAAAGUUUUCUGACCAUAUAAUAAAAUUAAAUAAAAAACUUGCUUCUGGCUGCUUCUCUGUUAGGGCAACCGUUCAUGAACUGGGGAGAGAUGUUGCUCGUGAUGUGUACUUUGCUUUGUUCGAGUCGCAUUUAAGGUAUGCUCUUCCAUUUUGGGGUGCAUGUUCAAAUUAUCUGUUUCAGUCUGUUUUUGUGCUGCAAAAGAGGGCUGUCAGAAGUUUCAAAGAGAGCCGUAUUUUGACCCUACCAUCAUUAUUUAUUUUGGAAACUGCAUGUUUAAUAUCUUAGAACAUUGAAAGGCUAGAAUUAGUAAACAACAACUUUGUUUGAGUCCAACAUGUGCACAGGGGCAAGAGGGGUGUUUUAUUUACAAACAUAUUUGCCGAUUCUCUGUUGUCAAGUCGACACAAAUUUCCAACGGAGGAAAUUUUUAGCUAUAUUUUAACAAACAUUAUAACGUUAAUUUAACUUAUUUCUGUUAUAUUUUAUAGGAAAAUUUAAAAUAAAAAGUAUAAAUACUACAAUUAACCUAUUUUAAGAAUAAAUAUAAUAUCCUUAAGCAAAAAAAAAACAAAAUUAUUAACAUUCUUAUCCCUAAAACUGCUUCUAAAAAAUUUGAAGCGACAACACCGGAGCUUAAGCGCCUAAACCAUACGCGUUGUGUCAUCUGUCAAACGGCUUUUUGUUUAUAUUCGGGAUUCGUGUAUUUUCUUUAAUUUUUGGUUUAAAAAGGAAAAAAGGCCACGUUUUAGUGUUUUUUUAAAUUGCUAGGAUGGCAAAAACUUGUGUCGUGUAUGCCGCAUCAUGAUAAAAACGUGAUUCAAGCCGAUCUUUUCACAAAUUGCCCAAUGAUUAUGCCCAAAGGGAACAAUGGGUUUCAUUAAUGGAAAUCAACACAUUUAAAAAGAACAUAUUUGUUUGUUCAGAUCACAUCCUUAGAAGUGAUAUAAGGGAGAUAAUAUUAUCAGUAGCCAGACUUUAUUAAAAAAAUCAGCUCUACCUCAAAGGUAAUUUUUUUAAAUAUAUUUUUCUAGUAUAUUUAUAGGUAUGAGUAUAUUUUACCUUAGAAUUAUUGAUAAAGGUUUGCAUGCUUUUAUUUACUACAUUAUGUAAGCUAAAAAAACAACCUUUUAAAACUUGU